CAUUUCGUCACAGUCAUUCUCCGUCCAGCUUUGUUCCCUUGCUGGUGAGGAGUUUUGGUCCUUUCUAGGAGGCGAGGUGUUCUGGUUUCGGGUGUUUUCCUCCUUUUUGCGCUGGUUUCUUCCCAUCUUUGUGGAUUUGUCCACUGGUCGUCUGCGUAGUUGCUGACUUUUCGUUUGGGUCUCUGAGUGGACACCCAGAAUGUUGAUGAUGAAGUAUUUCUGUUGCUUGGUUUUCCUUCUACCAGUCUAGCCCCUUCGCUGUACGACUGUUGAGGUCCGCUCCAUACCCUGCUUGUCUGGGGUGCACCUCUAGUAGCCGUGGCACAGCGAGGGAUGCUACCAGCUUCUUUUUUUGCUCUCUUUGUCCCAGGAUGAUGCCUGCCUAAUGACAGUCUUUUGGAUAUAGAGGGGUCAGGGAGCUGCUUGAGGAGACAGUUUGUACUUUAUAGGGGUUUAAUUGCUGAGCUGUGCACUCUGUGUUCAUUCAGGGCUGUUAGGCUGCUAUGUUUGAUUCUGCUGCAACACAGCUCAUUAAACAACCCUUUUUUUUUUCUCAAGUGCUCUGUGUUGAGGGGUUUGGGCUUUAUUUUUGGUUGUCCGAUCAGGUGUCCUGCCCAGCUCGAAGGCAGACUAGCCACUGUUUGGCUGCCGAGUCUCCGCCCUGCUGUUGUGUGAUUCGCGCUGUUCCUGCCGGCUCUGCUGUGGUCUCCGCCACGCCCUGCGGCGGAGUCUCUUCGUUGUAGCGUGUUGCCUCAGCAACGGCAGGCUGUGUCAGCAGUGGGCGUGUAUCUCAGUAGGGACGGGUUGCCUCGGCAACGGCUGGCUGCGUCAGCAGUGGGCGUGUAUCUCAGUUGGGGCGGGUUGCCUCGGCAACGGCUGGCUGCCUCAGCAGUGGGCGUGUAUAUCAGUUGGGGCAGGUUGCCUCCGUAGUGGUGGACGCCCCUCCCCCACAGAGCAUCUCGGACCGUCUGCCCGGGAUAGUUUGAAAUCGCGGUUUUGUUCGUCCCACUGGGUAUCCCAACCGAUCUGUCCCUGCAAUCCCCUGGGCUGGGCUACUGUGCAAGUCUCGUUCAGUCUCAAGUCCAGCCCUCUCAAGUCUCAGAUUGCCGGUUCAACAAGGCACCCGGACAAGCGCGCCCUGUGGGGAUUGCUGGGUAGGGCCGGCCGCCGCCGCCCCGGCUGCCGGCUUCGCCAGGCAGACCUACUGCCUGGCGUCCCGUGUCUUUUUAUACUUUGGAGUUUCCCCGUUCUGUGGGCAACAAAGAUCAGUCUGGAAAUGCAGCACUGACUCACCGUUUGCGAAUUCAACGCGGGCUCCAAUCCUGGGUUGUUCUCACAGCGCCAUCUUGAGUCCCCCCUCACCCAAAUACCUCCUGAUAUGGUUUGGGUCUGUGUCCCCACCCAAAUCUUGUCUUGACAUGUUGAGGGAGGGACCCUGUGGGAGGUGAUUGGAUCAUGGGGGCGGUUUCCCCCAUGCUGUUCUUGUGAUAGUAAGAGAGUUCUUAUGAGAUCCGAUGGUUUACAAGUAACAGUUUCCCCUGCACAUGUUCUGUCUCUCUAUCUCCGGCUGCUUGUGAAGGUGCUUGCUUCCACUUUGUUUUCCACCGUGAUUGUAAGUUUCCUGAGGCUUCCCCAGCCAUGGAGAACUGACUUCACAAUGACUUUUUAUCUCAGGCAUUACUGGAAAGACGAGAGGCUCUCCUUUCCUAGUGCAGUAAACAAAAGCAUGACAUUUGAUCAUAGAUUGAUCCAAAAGAUCUGGGUGCCUGAUAUCUUUUUUGUCCACUCUAAAAGAUCCUUCAUCCAUGAUACAACUAUGGAGAAUAUCAUGCUGCGUGUACACCCUGAUGGAAACAUCCUCCUGAGUCUUAGGAUAACGGUUUCUGCCAUGUGCUUUAUGGAUUUCAGCAGGUUUCCUCUUGACACUCAAAAUUGUUCUCUUGAACUGGAAAGCUAUGCCUACAAUGAGGACGACCUAAUGCUGUAUUGGAAACACGGAAACAAGUCCUUAAAUACUGAAGAGCAUAUUUCCCUUUCUCAGUUCUUCAUUGAAGAGUUCAGUGCAUCUAGUGGAUUAGCUUUCUAUAGCAGCACAGGUUGGUACAAUAGGCUUUUCAUCAACUUUGUGCUAAGGAGGCAUAUUUUCUUCUUUGUGCUGCAAACCUAUUUCCCAGCCAUAUUGAUGGUGAUGCUUUCAUGGGUUUCAUUUUGGAUUGACCGAAGAGCUGUUCCUGCGAGAGUUUCCCUGGGAAUCACCACAGUGCUGACCAUGUCCACGAUCAUCACGGCCGUGGGUGCCUCCAUGCCCCAGGUGUCCUACCUCAAGGCUGUGGACGUGUACCUCUGGGUCAGCUCCCUCUUCGUGUUCCUGUCAGUCAUUGAGUACGCAGCUGUGAACUACCUCACUACAGCGGAGGAGCGGAAGCAAUUCAAGAAGACAGGGAAGAUUUCUAGGAUGUACAAUAUUGAUGCAGUUCAAGCCAUGGCCUUCGAUGGUUGUUUUCAUGACGCUGACAUUGACAUGGACCAGACUUCCCUCUCUCUAAACUCAGAAGACUUCGUGAGAAGAAAAUCGAUAUGCAGCCCCAGCACCGAUUCAUCUCGGAUAACGAGACGAAAAUCCCUAGGAGGACAUGUUGGUAGAAUCAUUCUGGAAAACAACCAUGUCAUUGACACCUAUUCUAGGGUUUUAUUCCCCAUUGUGUAUAUUUUAUUUAAUUUGUUUUACUGGGGUGUAUAUGUAUGAAGGGGAAUUUCAGAUGUAUACCACUUUAAAGCCAGACAAUGUUUAAAAACAAAACUCUUGAAUAUGAGUUGGACAAUUCUAGAUACAAAUGGGAAAGAGGCAGUCACGUCUCCUGCCCUAAAGAAAAUUUGAAAUCUGACUGAUUUAUUAAUUAUUUCCUAGGAAAGUUUGACUCCAUAAAUGAGAGUCACAGGCAUGUGUACUGCAAGAAAAAGAUUUCCAUUGGGAAGGGCUUUGUAACUACUUCAUCUGGACCCUCCUUCUUUCUUAAUGAAGUGUUCUUUAUUUAACUAGGGAAGAAAACUGGACUGUAACAAUAAUUCAAGGAUAUUUUGUUUCUUGGAGUGCCAGUCAAGUGCCAGGUUACCUACCAGAGCUCAACCGUCCUAGGCAAGAACAUCCACAUCGAGGUGGCAUCAUUCACACUCACACAGUGGAGAAUCCUCUCAAGGAUCUCCAAUCUCCUUCUCCCAUCUCCAGUCAAGUCUUCAAUCUUAGUUAAAUGUUGUUUCAGGCCAAGCAUGGUGGUUCACGCCUAUAACCCCAGCACUUUGGGAGGCCCAGGCAGGCAGAUCACUUGAGGUGAGGAGUUCAAGACAAGCCUGGCCAAUAUGGUGAAACCCCCUCUCUACUAAAAAUACAAAAAUUAGCAGGUAUCGUGGCACGUGUCUGUAGUCUGUGCUAUGGGGAGGCUGAGGCAGGAGAAUUGCUUCAACCCGGGAGGCAGAGGUUGUAGUGAACCGAGAUCGCACCACUGUGCUCCAGCCUGGAGGACAGAGCAAGAGUCCAUCUCUAAAUAAAAUAAGUAAAUAAAUAAAUAUUGUCGGGCCGGGCGUGGUGGCUCACGCCUGUAAUCCCAGCACUUUGGGAGGCCGAGGCGGGUGGAUCACGAGGUCAAGAGAUCAAGACCAUCAUGGUCAGCAUAGUGAAACCCUGUCUCUAAAAAUACAAAAAAUUAGCUGGGCAUGGUGACACGUGCCUGUAAUCCCAGCUACUGAAGAGGCUGAGGCAGGAGAAUUGCCUGAACCCAGGAGGCUGAGGUUGUGGUGAGCCGAGAUCGUGCCAUUGCACUCCAGCCUGGGUAACAAGAGCGAAACUCCGUCUCAAAAAAUAAUAAUAAAUAAAUAAAUAGUCUCCUAUGUUUUUGAGCAUAAGUGGAGGGGGGAACCUAAAUUUCCACUCAUUCUUCCCAUUCUAAUGUUAAUACAUCAGUCAUCAAUAAUAACAUCUUGUAUUUUAUAGAUGAUAUAUUAUUUUCACAGCUUCUUAGAGGUAUUUAAUUAAUCGCUUUGUCAACAAGUGUUUGUUGACCUCUAUGUGUGCCAGGUACUUUGCUAAGUGUUAUGCACUGAAAAAUGAAUAUGAAAUAGCAUCCUGCCUUCUCUGAGUGCACAGGCAGUAGGAGCAGUAAACUGGAGCUAUAAAGCAUGUAACAAAUGUUAAAAUAGAUGUAUGUACACUGUCUUGGGUGAGUUCUGAAAGCGGGAUACCAAAGAAAGAAAAAGAAUAUCUACAAAGGGAUGUGGACUCUCAGUUUAUAAACAACUGGAGAUGCUUCCAGAUACCGUAUUGAGUGAAAAAAAUUGAAUGAAAUUUAUUUAUCCCAUAGUAAUCUUUAAUAACUUUGGUUUACUAAGUAAACCAGGUUAAGUGGGUAUUAAACAAAUGUUUGUUAAGUAGAAAAAUCUCCUAUGAUCAAUGUUCAUUUUGCAGAUUCGCAGUGUGCAUGCUUUUGUUUUGAGUAUUUUCUGAACAAGAUUCAAUUUAAAGAAAAGCCGUUGGCAGGAAAUAAGAAAUACUCCCAUACCUAUUUUGAUUGCUGGGAUUGAAUUGAGAGAAAUAAAUUAAAUGGUGUAUUACUUUUAGUGUAUUUCCUUUUAUUUCACCAUAAAGUAAAUCAAAAUAAUUUGAAUUAUUUUUUUGCCAGGCGGAGAGAAAAAAACUUUCUGCUUUUUAAACCAAUAACAUUGGUUUUGGUUCUCUGUUGUGAAUCACGAAGGUUCUAGAAAAGUAUCUUCCUCCUGGGUGCAAAAUAUUAAAAGGAAAAUUACUUUUCUGAUAUGACUUCCCUCACAGGCAGGCUAAUUCUGGGAUACUUCAUUCUAUUUUCUUAAUACAACUUUUCCAAUUCUUUUGAAUCUUCCCAAGGAUUAUAUUUUUAUAGCAUACUAUCCAAAAUCGAGCUAAUAUAAUGUAUUAAACCCCUUUUUCAUUUCACUGUAGACCAUAAAUACGCUUUUCAAAAACUAUUAAUGAAUGGUUUUUAAGCUUGAUUUAAUAGUAGUAUUUUGGUAGGAUUAUAUUUUCAGAAUACAGCACAGAUUAACAUCCUAGAUGGCCAAAAAUUUGUAGCUAUUAUUUAGCCAAGCACUACAGUUGUAUUGCAUUCCUGAUUUUGACAAUACCAGAUGUUUUAAAAAGGGACAAAUAUACAGAUGAACAGAAUAAAUCUAUACUGUUCUCUUCAUCCAAUACUCAGGUUCUUCGGGCGUUUGUGUUUUUUCAUAUACUUUGAAGUGUAACAUUCAAUAUGUCGAACGCUUCCCCUGGGCGUAUUCAUUUCCCUGUUUUAAAUCAAACGCAUCACUGAAUACAUUUGGCAAUUUAGCCUAGGAGAAUGGGUCUCGAUCACACACACCCACACACUCAGCAUUCCUCUGGAGGAGCAUUGAUGCAUGGUUGUUAGCCAAUCAAAUAUAACUUUUGUUAAUAGCUAGCAAUGCAGGCAUUGCAUUCUUCAGUAAUAUAUGUCUAACACUGAGCAAGAAAAUAUGUUUACUGCUCAAGGGAAUUAUUAGAGCAUUUGGAAUGAGCUCCUAGGAGUUUUGCCAGUUUUCUUCUCUUGAGAUUCGUGGCUCAUGAGGACUGUGAAGAGAGGGCUGUUCCCAUUAGCUUCAUUUCUCCUAGCGAGCAACAAGAUUUCUAUUCGGUUCUUACUCCAAGAAGAAUGAAACCAUGCUUUACCUGAAAAAUGUGAAAGUGAAGAUAGCAUAUAACAGUUACCUCAUUUUGAUUUUCACUUCAUUUCCUCAUCACAAUCCUGAACAGACUGUGCAUGAUUGUUCACUGAGGGAUAAGCCUGGAUAAAAUGCAAGGAUUUCCGAAAAUAAGCUGCUUUCUAAGAUUAAGAAGAAGCCAGCUAACUCUGUAAACUGCCUAAAUAUAGAAAUGGGCUAUUUUAUAGAAACUACUUUGGAAAUCCCAUGAAAUAGUAUAUUUUAACUUAGUUUUAUUGUUUCUGUUCUGGUUAGAAAAUAAAGCUUAAUUAUUAAAAAAAAUUUUAAAACCAACUGGCAAAAAAAAUCAUCUACUCAGAAUUAAAAAGUUAACAUUUUAAUGUAUAUUCUUAGAGGAUUUCUAUACAUAACUGACAUUUUUUCAAAUGGAGCCCUUUUGUAAACACUUGUGUUUAUUAUUUUAAGCACUUCUAUCAAGCACUGUCUGCUGGGGAUAUUGUAAUAAAAGAUGGACAUGGCUCCUCCCCUUGUUGAACUUACAUUAUGUUGAGGAAAGUGUCCAUUUGUAGCCAGAUUUUCUUCUCUGCAUUAUAAACAACUUCCCAUGUCUCUUUCCCUGAAAACCGAUUUCUAUACACUGCAGAGCUGUCCACUGAAUGGGUGUACCAUAGUUCAUGUAAUGCGUCUCCUCCUGUAGGACAUUGUUGUUAUUUCCUAUUGUGUGCUAUUACAAGUAGGCUGCAACUAGCAAUGUAAAGAACAUUUAGAAGUAAAAUUAUUUUAGAUACAAAUGAAAUGUCUAGCCAUAUUCAAAUGUCUUCACUUAUUUCUUUUCGAAAAAUCCCCAUUUGCAACUAGAACCUGCCAUGUCAGACUCACUCACAGGCCUGCCUAGAAGCUCUGAGUUAGAGAUUACUGCAAUUGAAGAACCUUUUAAAUUUUUAGUUCAUUUUUCCCCAUG